AUGAAAACCCUCAUCAAAUGGUGCACAGUUAUUCAAGUCAAUGUUCAUUACAGGCAACUAUUCAAAACUUUGCUGAUGGGACAAGGCCUCUCAGCACUGAUCUGUGGGACUGCUGUAACAUCUCAGUAUCUGGCGUCCGUUUACUAUCUGAAUACACCCAUGCUGCAGAGCUUCAUUAAUUACACCCUUCUGGGCAUCACUUACACCGUGGCACUGAUCUUCAGAAGAGGGGAUGGCAAUAUUUUGCAGAUUUUAAAGACAAAAUGGUGGAAGUAUCUAUUGUUGUGACUGACAGAUGUGGAGGCAAAUUACACAGUGGUGAAAGCAUGUCAGUACACCACAUUAACCAGCAUACAGCUGCUGGACUGCUUUAUUAUCCUGGUUUUGAUGAUCUUGUCCUGGUUCUUCCUGAAGACCCACUAUAAGAUCAUCCACUAUGUAGCUGUAUAUACAGGUAUAUGUCUGGCUGGGGUGGGAACAGAUAUCCUUGCUGGCCAAGACCAGGGAUCUUCAAGUGACAUUCUCCUCGGUGAUGGUCUGGCUCUAGUCAACGGCACUCUGUAUGCCAUCUCUAAUGUGUGCCAGGAAUACACAGUGAAGAAUCUGAGCAGGGUGGAGUUUCUGGGCAUGGUCGGCCUCUUCGAGUCCAUCAUCAGUGCAAUACAACUGGGGAUUCUCGAACAUGACGAAGUGUCUAAAAUUCAGUGGACAUGGGAAAUUGCUCUUAUCCUGGCUGGAUAUGCGCUCUGCAUGUACGGCUUCUAUAGCUUCAUGCCUGUGGUGAUAAAGAUGAGCAGUGCCACAGCGGUCAAGCUUUCCUUACUCACUGGAGACCUCUUCAGCCUGUUUUGUGGGCUCUUUUUGUUCCAGUACAAGUUCUCAGGACUGUAUAUUGUGUCAUUGGUGGUGAUCCUCGUUGGUUUCAUCGUUUAACACCGUCCCUACGCUGAACCGAGCUCUUGACCCGGCAUCUGACGAGGAAGGUUGUGACAAUCAUGCCGGUGAGUUUGAU